GCAUCCUCGCCGCCUGCCCCGGCCCGGCCGCGUCCGGGAGCCGUCGGGCAUGGAGCCGUGGAAGCAGUGCGCGCAGUGGCUCAUCCACUGUAAGGUGCUGCCCGCCAACCACCGGGUCACCUGGGAUUCGGCGCAGGUGUUCGACCUGGCGCAGACCCUCCGCGAUGGAGUCCUACUCUGCCAGCUGCUCAACAACCUCCGGGCGCACUCCAUCAACCUGAAGGAGAUCAACCUGAGGCCGCAGAUGUCCCAGUUUCUCUGUUUGAAGAACAUAAGGACAUUUCUUACCGCCUGUUGCGAGACAUUUGGAAUGAGGAAAAGUGAACUCUUUGAGGCAUUUGACCUGUUUGAUGUUCGUGACUUUGGAAAGGUUAUAGAAGCACUAUCGCGACUUUCUCGAACACCUAUAGCGUUGGCCACUGGAAUCAGGCCCUUCCCGACAGAAGAAAGCAUCAAUGAUGAAGACAUCUACAGAGGCCUUCCUGACUUAAUAGAUGAAACCUGCGCGGAUGAUGAAGAAGGCCUCUAUGACUGUGUCUAUGGGGAAGAUGAAGGUGGAGAAGUCUAUGAGGACUUAAUGAAAGCAGAGGAAGCUCACCAACCUAAAUGUCCAGAAAAUGACAUAAGAAGUUGUUGCCUAGCAGAAAUUAAGCAGACAGAAGAAAAAUAUACAGAAACUUUGGAGUCAAUAGAGAAAUAUUUCAUGGCACCACUAAAAAGAUUUCUGACAGCAGCGGAAUUUGAUUCAGUAUUCAUCAACAUUCCUGAACUUGUGAAAAUUCAUCGGAACCUAAUGCAAGAGAUUCAUGAUUCCAUUGUAAAUAAAAAUGACCAGAACUUGUAUCAAGUUUUCAUUAACUACAAGGAAAGGUUGGUUAUUUAUGGACAGUACUGCAGUGGAGUGGAGUCGGCCAUCUCUAGUUUAGACAACAUUUCUAAGACAAAAGAAGAUGUCAAAUUGAAAUUAGAGGAAUGUUCCAAAAGAGCAAAUAAUGGGAAAUUCACUCUUCGAGAUUUGCUUGUGGUACCUAUGCAACGUGUUUUAAAGUAUCACCUUCUCCUCCAGGAACUGGUCAAACAUACCACUGAUUCCACUGAGAAAGCAAAUCUGAAACUCGCUCUUGAUGCAAUGAAGGACUUGGCACAAUAUGUGAAUGAAGUGAAAAGAGAUAAUGAGACCCUGCGUGAAAUUAAACAGUUUCAGCUAUCUAUAGAAAAUUUGAACCAACCAGUUUUGCUUUUUGGACGGCCUCAGGGAGAUGGUGAAAUUCGAAUAACCACUCUAGACAAGCAUACAAAGCAAGAAAGGCAUAUCUUCUUAUUUGACUUGGCAGUGAUUGUAUGUAAAAGGAAAGGUUAUAACUAUGAAAUGAAGGAAAUAAUAGAUCUUCAGCAGUACAAGAUAGCCAACAAUCCUACAACUGAUAAAGAAAAUAAAAAGUGGUCUUAUGGUUUCUACCUCAUCCAUACCCAAGGACAAAAUGGGUUAGAAUUUUAUUGCAAAACAAAAGAUUUAAAGAAAAAGUGGCUGGAACAGUUUGAAAUGGCUUUAUCUAAUAUAAGGCCAGACUAUGCAGACUCUAAUUUCCAUGACUUCAAGAUGCACACCUUUACUCGGGUCACAGCCUGCAAAGUCUGCCAGAUGCUCUUGAGAGGAACAUUUUAUCAAGGCUAUUUAUGUUUUAAGUGUGGCGCAAGAGCACACAAAGAAUGUUUGGGAAGAGUAGAGAAUUGCGGCAGAGUUAAUUCUGGUGAACAAGGGACGCUCAAACCACCUGAGAAACGGACCAAUGGACUUCGAAGAGCCUCCCGACAGGUGGAUCCAGGAUUACCCAAGAUGCAGGUCAUUAGAAACUAUACUGGAACGCCACCCCCUGCUCUUCAUGAAGGACCACCAUUAUACAUCCAGGAAGGGGACACAGUUGAACUUCUGAGAGGAGAUGCACACAGUCUGUUUUGGCAGGGUAGAAAUUUUGCAUCUGGAGAGGUUGGAUUUUUUCCAAGUGACGCUGUCAAGCCUUGCCCAUGUGUGCCCAAACCAGUAGAUUAUUCUUGCCAACCUUGGUAUGCUGGAGCAAUGGAAAGAUUGCAGGCAGAGACUGAACUUAUUAAUAGGGUAAAUAGUACUUACCUUGUGAGGCACAGGACCAAAGAGUCAGGAGAAUAUGCAAUUAGCAUUAAGUAUAAUAAUGAAGCAAAGCACAUCAAGAUUUUAACAAGAGAUGGCUUUUUUCACAUUGCAGAAAAUAGAAAAUUUAAAAGUUUAAUGGAACUUGUGGAGUACUACAAGCAUCACUCUCUUAAAGAAGGGUUCAGAACCUUAGACACGACUCUACAAUUUCCAUACAAGGAAACAGAACAUUCAGCUGGACAGAAGAGUAGUAGAGCAGGCAACAACUUGUUGAGCCCCAAAGUGCUGGGCAUCGCCAUUGCCCGGUAUGACUUCUGUGCAAGGGACAUGCGGGAAUUGUCUUUGCUGAAAGGCGAUGUGGUGAAGAUUUACACAAAGAUGAGUGCAAAUGGCUGGUGGCGAGGAGAAGUCAAUGGCAGGGUGGGCUGGUUUCCAUCCACGUAUGUGGAAGAGGAUGAAUAAAUUCCAUUUCAGCUUUGCAGUCUGCACCAGGAAUUUCAGAGAAGGGAUAAACAGAAGUCUGCACAGCACUAUGAAUUAACUGAAGUGUUUAAAAAGCUGCAUUUCUGGCUGUUCAACAUCCCCCCUUUCCCCCUCCUAAGUCUUAAUGCUGGGAUUUCUAAAGAUGCUGGUACUGACAGAUUAAUGGCUUGCCUACAGCCAUGCAGGAAACAGCCUGCCAGUCUGUCGUUGUCAGGGACCAGGGCAAAGCCAAAAGCUGUUCUUCCCAGAGAGCCCUGAUGCAAACGCAUUGGUUCAUGUUUCUCUUCCUGCAUCCGGUCAGACACCAGGAAUGUCAGCCAUUAGUAAAUGUUUACUGCAUAUUUACUUUCUUUCCACGUCCCAUUCACCAGGAUUUUCAAUAGUAGAAAGAACCAGACUUAAUUUUGCUUUUCCCAGCAAGAAGAAAAUCAGAGCUUUGCCAUUUGGGCAGCUUACUGGAAAGGCCCAGCAUUAAUUCUCUUAAACUGUCCAGCCAGGUGACUCAUUGCCUGGCAAGCACUUUCACCCCCAGAUGUUCCUCCUGGUAAAGUAAAAGAGGCAAAUACUGAGGUUUGCUUCAUAAGUGAUGUAUGCCACAGGGGUUUUGGUGAUUCGUUUGAUUUCCUGAUUAUAUUUGCAAACUUUUUUUUAAAAAGAAAAAAGCACAUAAAAUAAUCUUCAUAUUAAAUCCUCAAAACUUUCAUGAUUUUGUAGGGUGAUUUUGGAAAUGUUAUACUUCACUUACUGAAAUAAUCUUGGCCUGGUAUAUUAUGGGUAGUUGCAAGUACCCUGAGUAAGGUGGCAUUGUUUACAGAAAAGGGUCAAGGGCUCUCAUUUGUAGUAAGUCAUUUUAUAGCAGCAAUAUCUGCUAACACAUGCUCUUCUCUCCCUGCAAAGAAGACCUAAGCAGAUUUGCUGAUUUCCACAUUUUCCUGGAGUAUCUAAGGUCACAUAAACAACUUUGUUGAAGAUUGUUUAAAGAAAGCACAGUUAUGUCAAUUAAGCAUUUCUGGGACAGAGAGGGUCACCAGGCUUUUCAGCUCUUGUUCGCUAUGGGCUUCCAGCUUCUCUCUGAGUGUCUUCCCAUCUGCACGCCCUCUCUGGGGGUGUAUUAAAUAGUGGAAAGAUGCAUUUCACAGUGCAUUUAUUUUACCAAACCUUCACUGUUUUAUGUGAGGAAUCUGAAUAGGUUCUUCCUGGGAUGCCCAGAGUCCCCAGUCAGGGCAGUCAAGUAAAGACAUUAACUUGGCCCUUUGCUGAUUAAAUAUUUUCUCCAAAGCGAAAGUCAUGUUCUGACAAGAUUCAGAGAGUGUUUCUUGUGUAAAAAAAAAAAAAAAAAAAAAAAAUUGGAAGCAUUAGUGUAAUAGACCAGGCUAAGAACAUUCAGUUCCAACAUUUUGGAUCAUUUCUGAAGUGAGGUGUAUGUGGCCUGCCUGCUCCCCAACCCACUUUGAUGUCAGAACUUGAUGUUGCGUGGACACAUCCCAUGACAGACACCUUCGCGGGCUAGGACUUCUCAUCUAGGAUAAAUUCAGGAUGUUUACCUCAGAAUUAUGUAAACUGUGAUUGUGUUUUAGAAAAACGAUUAUUUGCUAAAACCAGUUAAGUUUUUGUAUAUGUGUAAAUGAUCACUAGAAUGUGUUUUUAUAAAAUGUUCUGUACAGUGAAGUUCUACUCUGGAGGCGUGCUCUUAGAGUGCAUUCUUUCUUAUAAAGUUUUAUCUGCGACUCUAUCUAGGGAAUGUUCUGUCUGUUACUGUCAGCAAAUGUUGUUGGAGAAAACAGCUUCACACAAAUUGAAACACUCCUGUGUACAGUAUUGUAGCUUGAGUUGUUUAUUUAGCAAAUAGACUCCCACCCUUAAAAAUGGUGUUUGGUCUUCCUGCUGCAUUUCAUGGACCUGGGGAUUUCCUAGCAGAGGAUAUUAGAGCCCCUUUUCCUGACAUUACCAAUUACAUCUCUUUGUCUAUGUUUAAUACUUUGUAUUGAAAACUUUAAAUGCUGCAAAUUUAUGUAGAUUUCUAAUACCAAAGACAGAAGUAAAUGUUUUUCCAUAUACUUUGUCUUGCCUGUAUGCAGCCCUUGUGUAAUAUGGUGAAUUAUAGUGGUAUUUCACUUUGUAAUAUUUUGUAAAUAUGUCAGUAAAAUAGUGAUGACUUGCAUUAAAUUUA